CAUAAAAGUACCAUAUAUGAUGCACAUGGUACAACCCAUACAGCACGAUGACUCUUUUCGCCCAAUGCACCAGUGCCAUCUAUAGCCAUUAACAUCAACAAUUUGUUAGCUCUUUUGGGUCUUCUUCUAUUCUCCAUUGAUCAAUCGCCUUUAGGUUUUAUUUCGUGCGUUUUCCCUCUUCCAUACCCUAAUUUCAACUUCACUGAUUUGAUUGAUCACUGGAAUUCAACUACAGGGAUCGUUUGAAUGGCAACUCCAGGUGGACCUAGACCAGGAAAUCUCCCACCGAAUUAUAACCCUAAUUCAAUUGCUGAUAACUUGCAUAACCUACAAAUUAAUCGCCCUAAUCAGCCCCCGUACCCAGGGAAUGGACCUAGAGGUCCACCGCCGGCAUUCGGGCAACAACCGAAUUCCCAAUCCCAGCCAUUUCCUUCUUCAGGUCCAUAUUCAUCGUCACCUUUUUCUGGACCUAGUCGUCCGGGACCUCCACCGCCCGGUGUUGCCCCUAGGGGGGCAGGGCCUCCAUCUAGUGGGCCCCCACAUGGUUCAAUGCCACCUUUCAUGGCGGCUAACCGUCCCACUGGUGGUGGCGGUGGAGGUACUUCUAGUAGUAAUGCACCUCCAAUGCCUGCUUCAAGGCCUUUGACCUCUGGACCUUUACCUUCUUCUGCACCCGUGGGUCCUCCUGGUCCUUUUGCGUCCUCCCCUUUGACCAGUGGUCCGCCUGGUCCUCCACCGAACGUAGGUGGUGGUUCCAUGAGUAAUGGGCCUCCGACGUUUGGAUCUCAAAGCAUGCAAGGUGGCCCUCAAUAUCCUUCAGCCAAUGUUAGACCAAGACCGUCAACUGGACCUCCACCUGCUCCACAAACCAUGUCGUCAUUUCUUGGUGGUCCUGCUGAUAAUCAACCAAGAGGGCCAGUACCUCCUUUCUCAGCACCUCCAAGAGGCAUGCAACCCCCGACAGGACCCCCGCCAUUUUCUGCUCAGGGACAAGGCGCACCUCAUCCACAAGGUUCUCCGUUUGGGGCUCAACCAUGGCAAAUGCAAUCACGACAAAAUGCACCACCUCCUCCAAUCUCUGGUUCUGCUCAACCACCAAGAAUGUUUGGCAUGCCACCACCUCUUCCUAAUCAACAAUCUAUGGCCACGAUAUCGCCUGCAACAGGUCCUAGUGGAAAUGCUGUUUCAGGACCAUCAAAGAUUGAUCCUAACCAAAUCCCACGUCCCGUUCCAAGUUCAUCAGUUCUUCUGCAUGAAACUCGCCAGGGUAACCAGGCCAAUCCUCCGCCGCCUGCUACAAGUGAAUUUAUUGCAAGGGACACUGGAAAUUGCAGUCCCCGGUACAUGAGGAGUACUAUUAAUCAGAUUCCUUGCACUUCCGAUCUUUUGAACACUUCUGGCAUGCAAUUGGCUCUGUUGGUCCAGCCCUUGGCCCUUCCUCAUCCGUCCGAGGAGCCUAUUCAAAUAGUUGAUUUUGGUGAAGGUGGUCCUGUUCGUUGUUCUCGUUGCAAAGGCUACAUCAAUCCGUUUAUGAAAUUUGUCGAUCAGGGAAGACGUUUUAUCUGUAACUUCUGUGGCUUCACGGAUGAAACCCCCCGUGACUAUCAGUGCAAUCUAGGUCCAGAUGGCAGGCGAAGAGACGCAGAUGAAAGGCCUGAGCUAUGCAGAGGAACAGUUGAAUUUGUUGCUACACGGGAAUUUCUGGUACGUGAUCCAAUGCCGGCUGUAUUCUUUUUCCUCAUUGAUGUAUCAAUGAACGCCGUGCAAACUGGUGCGACAGCAGGAGCUUGCAGCGCGAUCAGCCGAGUUAUUGCCGAUCUUCCAGAGGGUCCUCGAACAUUCGUGGGAAUUGCUACGUUUGACUCGACCGUCCAUUUUUACAAUCUGAAACGUGCAUUGCAACAGCCAUUGAUGCUCAUAGUUCCUGAUGUAGAAGAUGUUUACACUCCUCUCCAAACUGAUGUUGUUGUUCCACUUUCUGAGUGUCGUCAACAUCUAGACCUGUUGCUGGAAAGCAUCCCCACCAUGUUCCAGAAUAAUAAGACGGCUGAUUCAGCUUUUGGUGCCGGGAUGAAGGCUGCUUUUCUGGCAAUGAAGAGUACCGGAGGCAAACUUUUGGUAUUUCAGUCAGUCUUGCCUUCUGUCGGUAUUGCGGCUCUUUCCGCUAGAGAGGCUGAAGGAAGAACUAAUAUAUCCGCAGGAGAUAAGGAACCUCAUAGAUUACUUCAACCGGUAGACAAGACUAUGAAGACAAUGGCUAUUGAAUUUGCGGAGUACCAGGUCUCCGUUGAUGUGUUCAUUACUACCCAAAGUUACGUUGAUAUUGCUUCUAUCUCGGUUAUCCCUAAGACAACUGGAGGGAAGAUAUACUAUUAUCAUCCGUUCUCUGCACUUUCCGAUCCUGCAAAACUAUACAACGAUCUUCGAUGGAAUGUCACAAGGCCACAAGGUUUUGAAGCAGUGAUGCGUGUUAGAUGCAGCCAGGGUCUUCAAGUACAAGAAUAUUCUGGGAACUUCUGUAAACGCAUUCCGACAGAUGUUGACCUACCUGCGGUUGAUUGUGACAAAUCUAUAAUGGUAACUUUGAAACAUGAUGAUAAGUUGCCUGAUGGCACAGAAUGUUCUUUCCAGUGCGCGAUUCUUUAUACUACUAUAUACGGGCAAAGAAGAAUUCGUGUCUCCACCUUGUCGUUGCCAUGCACAACCAUGCUGAGCAAUCUUUUCCGCUCAGCUGACCUCGACACCCAGUUUUCAUGUUUUCUAAAGCAGGCGGCAAAUGAAAUUUCUUCUGCCCCAUUAUUGCAAGUGAGGGAUCGGGUGACUGAUCUUUGCAUCAACAUUCUUCAUUCUUAUAGAAAAUUUUGUGCAACUGUGUCAUCAUCGGGACAGCUUAUUCUUCCGGAAGCACUCAAAUUAUUGCCUUUAUACACUCUCGCUUUGAUUAAAAGUAUUGGACUGCGAACCGAUGGGCGUAUAGAUGACCGAUCAUUUUGGAUCAACUAUGUCUCCGCGCUCUCUGUUCAAUUGGCGAUCCCACUUGUAUAUCCGAGAAUGAUGAGUAUUCAUGACCUUAACUCAAAGGAAAUGGAUGGAUCCGUUAUUCCUUCUCCUAUACCACUUUCUAGUGAACACGUAAGUGAUGAUGGGAUCUAUCUUCUUGAAAACGGCGAGGAUUGCUUAAUUUACAUCGGAAGCUCUGUAGAUCCUGAUAUAACACAAAAACUGUUUGGCAUCUCUUCCGCUAGCGAAAUCCCUAGUCAGUUUGUGUUGGAGCAAUAUGACAACCCGUUGUCAAAGAGGCUACAUGAGGUUGUGAAUGAGAUACGAAGCCAAAGAUGUAACUACCUAAGGCUAAGAUUAUGCAAGAAAGGAGAUCCAUCAGGAAUGAUGUUCUUCUCUUAUAUGGUGGAAGACAAGUCUUCGAAUGGUCUGUCAUACGUCGAGUUCCUAGUACAUGUUCAUCGACAAAUUCAAAGUAAAAUGACGUGAUGACUCUCCCUCCGUCUUCAGUUUUGUUUGAUUUCGGGUACCCUUUACAUGGUUCCGUUUGAGCAAGAAAGAAUCGAAGUUCGAAAACCGGUCAUUUAUUUCUGGUGGUGAAAACUAGUUGAGCAAAGUUUUGUUAGUUCUGAUUUUUGUUGGCAAUUUGUGAAAGUGUAGGCAUACAAUAAACAGCAUUUUUAUGUUCUGGUUGAUGGUCAUUACUA